GUUGUGCCAAAAGUUAUCUAGUUUAACGAGCGCUAUUAGGUUUGUUCCAAAAACUUUCACGUUCUUGUAACAAAUUGAAUUUGUUUAGUACUAGUUCCAGACGAACAAAAACGCUUUGAAUACAUUUUGGAACAUAUAAAUCCGCGCAUCGUGGUAGUGGAAAUGAAGUUCAAGUCAUACAUAGUGCACCAAAGUUCAGAGCACCUGCUGGAGCAAACCUGUAUCGGUGGUUUAGAAUUGAUACAUACUCUGAAAGUCAAAAAGUGUUAGUGUACUGUUAAACAUUUUCUUGUACUCUACAUCAACAACAAGUAUUAAUCAAUACCUAUGGAUUUCAAAUAUCAAAAUGACAAAAAAUCAGUUUUUUAUGUGAUAAAAUCAUUAAAUUAGAAAUAAUUAUUUCCAAAUCAAUGAGUGUAGUAAUUUGACAACUGUCAGAGGUUUAUUUAAUAUAAAAGAAGAAUUAUCAUGCUACACCAACGAUAUGUUGAAAGAAUUAGUUUAAAUUUCCUUUGUUUAUAAUUAGAAGUAUUAAGUACAAACACGUUUUAUUUGAACGAUUUAAAAUUCUUUUACGAGCGCUUCUCCUAAAGUAUUAGUUCUGUGAACGCAUUUCGUGGUUGUGUCAUUACAAAAAACCUAUCAACUGUCAAUCAUAAAAAAAAACCGAUUGUGUCAGGCGUAAAAGCGUCUUUUGAAGAAGCGCAAACUCGAAGUAAAAUUUUCUUGUAGGCGUUCGCGGAUGUCGGAACCACUGUCAUUCGGCCACGGGCCAAAAAGAGAUCUCGAUAAUACAGUGUCACAAAAAAUUGCCGAGAUGGGUUCUUUGUUUAGAAGUGCUGAAAUGACUUUGUGUCAACUAUUUUUACAAAGCGAGGCAGCUUAUGCUUGUGUAUCCGAACUUGGAGAACUUGGAUUGGUACAAUUCAGAGAUCUAAAUCCGGAUGUGAAUGCUUUUCAAAGGAAGUUUGUUAAUGAAGUACGUCGUUGUGAUGAAAUGGAAAGAAAACUUCGUUAUUUGGAAAAAGAAAUUAAAAAAGAUGGUAUUCCUAUGUUGGAUACUGGUGAAAAUCCCGAAGCGCCACAACCCCGUGAAAUGAUCGAUUUGGAGGCGACAUUUGAAAAACUGGAAAACGAACUUCGGGAGGUGAAUCAAAAUGCUGAGGCUCUCAAAAGGAAUUUCUUGGAACUUACUGAAUUGAAGCAGAUUUUACGUAAAACGCAAGUGUUUUUCGAUGAAGAUUGUCAGGAUCAACAUUUUACAAAUUCGAAUUCUACUGCCGAUAUGCAGAUUGAGAAUCAAACGAGGACUAAUAAUCGCGAACAGCAUUUCAUUUUUUUCUUCGUCGCUGGUGUGAUAUUGAGAGAAAGAAUACCAGCUUUCGAAAGAAUGUUGUGGAGAGCUUGCAGAGGGAACGUAUUUUUGAGGCAAGCCGAAAUCGAGACUCCUUUGGAAGAUCCUUCAAGUGGAGAUAAAGUAUAUAAAUCGGUGUUCAUAAUAUUCUUCCAAGGAGAUCAGCUCAAAACUAGAGUGAAAAAAAUUUGCGAAGGAUUUCGCGCAACUCUUUAUCCUUGUCCCGAAGCACCGGCUGAUCGUCGAGAAAUGGCAAUGGGAGUGAUGACGAGAAUCGAAGACCUCAACACCGUUUUAGGUCAAACUCAAGAUCACCGUCACAGGGUGCUGGUAGCGGCUGCCAAAAAUAUUAAAAAUUGGUUCGUUAAAGUUAGAAAAAUCAAAGCGAUUUACCAUACGUUGAAUUUAUUUAAUUUAGACGUCACGCAAAAAUGUCUAAUUGCAGAAUGUUGGGUGCCGGUGCUCGAUUUGGAAAAUAUACAACUAGCCUUGAGGCGAGGAACGGAACGUAGUGGUAGCUCGGUCCCCCCGAUUUUGAAUCGCAUGGACACUAUCGAAGACCCGCCGACAUACAACCACACCAACAAAUUCACUAGCGGUUUCCAAACCCUAAUAGACGCCUACGGUAUCGCCUCCUACAGAGAAAUGAACCCGGCUCCGUACACCAUCAUAACUUUCCCGUUUCUAUUUGCCGUAAUGUUCGGCGAUUUGGGUCACGGUCUUUUGAUGACCAUCUUCGGAGCUUGGAUGGUACUCAAGGAGAAACCUCUGGCGGCUAAAAAAUCCGAUAACGAAAUUUGGAACAUAUUCUUCGGGGGUCGGUAUAUAAUCCUCCUCAUGGGUUGUUUCUCGGUUUAUACGGGUCUGAUUUACAACGACGUUUUCGCCAAAUCCCUCAAUAUAUUCGGUUCCAGUUGGGUUAUUCGCAAUAGGACCCAUUAUUUCGACCACAAAGAAUACAUUCUGGAUCCGAAGACUAGCGAGAAUUACAUCGGUACCCCUUACCCCAUAGGGAUGGAUCCCGUUUGGCAAUUGGCGAAAAAUAAGAUAAUUUUUCAAAAUUCCUUUAAAAUGAAGAUUUCCAUUAUAUUAGGUAUACUGCACAUGUUGUUCGGUGUCGUUAUGAGUCUAUUGAAUCACCUAUAUUUCAAGGAUAAACUGAGUAUUUUGGCCGAAUUCAUACCGCAAAUUAUUUUUCUCGUUUUCCUGUUUUUCUACAUGGUAAUUUUGAUGUUCAUCAAAUGGUUCAUGUAUUUCGCUAACGUCGAAGAGAAGGAUUUCGUCUACGGUACUAGAUGCGCCCCCAACGUUCUCAUAACAUUCAUCAACAUGGUACUCCAAAAAGAGAGCCCCUUCGACCCUAACUGUGGAACUUACAACAUGUUUGCCGGUCAACUGGGUUUACAAAAAUUUUUGUUCGCUUGCGCCAUCAUUUGCAUACCUUGGAUGUUACUAUCUAAACCCAUAGUGAUAAUGAGAGCCCGUAAACGUGCCCAACAGUAUUCGGUAACGCAUCAACAGAUCCACUCUGCAACGGAAAACGGAGACGCCGAACAACCCAUGCAGAAUAAUACCUCGUCUACGUUGGUCGGGGGACACGGGGAACACGACGAGGAACCCAUUGGGGAAAUUUUCAUCCAUCAAGGUAUACAUACCAUCGAAUACGUGCUGGGAUCCGUUUCUCAUACCGCUUCGUAUCUUCGGCUUUGGGCAUUGUCACUAGCCCAUUCGCAGCUUUCAGAGGUGUUAUGGAGCAUGGUAUUGAGUAAAGGUUUAAAGGUUGACGAUUGGUUUGGAGGGGUAGCUUUGUUUAUGAUCUUCGCUUUUUGGGCGGUGCUCACGGUCUCUAUUUUAGUCCUGAUGGAAGGACUGUCGGCUUUUUUGCAUACUCUACGUUUGCAUUGGGUGGAAUUUCAGAGCAAAUUCUACAAAGGAACCGGUUAUGGUUUCCAACCGUUUUCAUUCGAACUCUUAUUAGAUCCAGCUUCGCAAACAAAAGAAGAAAUUUAAAUAAAAUAAAAAACAAAGUCUCUCUUGCUAGGUUCCAUUAUUGUGGUGGGUACUUAAAUAUUUUCCGAAACUUAUUCGUAAUUCAACUAUAAUUAUAUUGGCUUUAAAAUAAUUAAAGAAAUAGUAGAAAAAAAUGUCAUUUUCGUAUAUUCCCGCUUAUGAUAUUUAAUCGCAUUUAAAAAAUAAUUUUUGUACAACUGUGUAUACCGAAGAUACGAGGGUUUCACAAAAUUUAAAAUUAAGGAUUGUUCUUUUUUUAAUAAGUAAUUGGUUAUUCAGUUAGUCGUUUUUUUGUGAAUUCCUGUAUAUGUAAAUUCGGACCACUACGAGGGUAAUAAGUAAAAUUGAGUUGUUUGCUAUCUGAAUCUUUGUAGAUGUAAAAACAAACCAAUAAUAGUAUCAGCAAGGUUAUCUUUGUAGAAAAUAACGAGUGGUGAAUAGUGUGGGGCUUUAUUUGGUAAAAUUGGCGCAUAAAUCGCACCAUUACGAAAGUUAUCCACAAAGUAAAAAGUGUUUUUUGCUACAUGAAUCCUUGUAGAUGUAAAAACAUAAGAAUCAUCACGUCAUGAAGGUUAUUUAUUCAGAAAAUCACUGGCGUUGAAUAGUUUGUCGCUUUAUUAAGUAAAAAUCGCAGUAAUACAAGGGUGAUUCAAAAAAAUGUUUUGAAUUAAAAAUUAGUGAAGAAAAAAUAUUAUGUACAUUUUGGGGGUAAUUUUGACAAUAUUUCUACUUAAUCAUCAAUUAAAUCGAGGUAUUUAUCAAAAUUUAGUUAGAUAAUCGUAAAUUUCCCAUCAAAAAUUCUUGAGUGUAUUUAAAUAAAUAAUUUCCGCCCUAUUACUUUUAUAACAAAAUCUCUUGAAAAUUUGCCAGAUAUUCAUUGAUUUAUUAUUGAUACAAAAAUUAGUAACAUUCAAAUCCAUACUAGUGAUAAAUUUUCUGUUGAACUUUCUAAAGUUUCCAAUCGCCCAUAAUAACAAAUUAGCUUAGAUUUGUCUCAAAAUUGUAAAAAUAUGGAGUUAAAUCAGUACAGUUUUCAAAAAUUUUAAAUUAAUAAGUAGUAAAAGUAUCCCAGAUUUAAUAAACUAAGUACGACCAUGCAUUGUUUACACUCACCUUUAAAAUGUUAUAUUCCUGAUUAAAUCUUGUUUAUAACACAAAGAAGGUCGAAUACACAUUAACAUAUAAUUAGAACAUACAAAAUAAAACACUUUUUAUAUUCCAAAUAAACACUAAAAUCACGAUAUAAAACAAUAAAACACUAACAACUAUAACCUCGCGCGUCUUUACAAUAUGGCGGAAUUGUUGCUUUGAUCAUGUGGCAUCUCCAGCGAUGUUCAUAGUUGGUUGUGGUUUGAGAGUAACGCUGUGUUGCCAAAUUUUUUUUAACGAAUUUUCUUCAAUUGAAUGAAAAAUGAAAUUUCUAAGGACAAUGGCGUUCGUAUUUUGUUUUUUUAUCAAAUGCUUUAUAAAAAAUAAAAUUUUUAGAUAAAAUUAUUUCUUGGAUAUUUUUAUAAAUAAAUAGUCUUAAUUUUGGAUUGUUUUUGAAAGAAAACUAAUUUUUAAAACAGAUAAAAAUCGAUCUAUUUAGUCUUUACUAAAAUAUAUAUUACCUGUUUUAAAAUCCAAUUUUCAUUAAAAGAGACCUAAAAUCCAGACCAACAAAAAAAUUAUGUUUUAUAUAAAAUUUCACCCCAAAAUAUCUCAAAUUAAAAUCUUUUAUAUUGAAGGAACUGUUUCAAUUCUGGCAACGCCGUUGUAAGAAUUCCAAGAUGGUACCGAUGACCGUGCAAGUACAAAACAACUUUCGUACAAAUUUAUUGUUUGACAAUAAUUACGUUCGAAUUCAAUUUUAUUUUCAUUCACCGUGUAAUAAAUUUGAUUUACCAAAUACUACAGUUGUACAAAAGUUUCGUUCUCUUUCAGAAUUAGAUUGAUAGUAAGUAGUACAUUUGAACUACUAGUAGAUCAAAUGUAGUUGUUUCUAUAUAUUGUACUUGUGAUUAGUAAACUUUAUGCCAAAAUGUGUAUUUUAUUGCUGGUAUUGAGACAAGUACAUGAUUUUUCGAAAUUUGCAUGUAGUAGUAUUGAAAUUAAUUGAAUUGUAUACUCAAAACUUGCUCUAUUGCAUUUUUUUAAUAUUUAAACAAAUUAUUUAAUAUAAAUAACAAAACAUUGUUCCUCGGGUUAUUUUUUAUAUUUUUUUAGUAUUACGUCAAUUAAUUUACAAAUUAUUCAAUAAACAAUUUUUUGAUUAUUUAAUAUUAUAGUGUUUCUCCUUUUUAUCUAGUAAUUUUGUGUAUAUUAAAUACAAUAAAGGCUUCAAUUCAAGAAAAACAAA